UUUGACCCACUGGCCUUAUUUGGGGCCACUGACAGCACCAUCUAGUGGUUAAAAGACAUCAUAACAUCCAUUUAAAUGGAAACAAGAUGGCGGCAAUCUCAGUAAACACCUUCUACAGCCACUCCCGGCAGAAAAAAGAACAAGGGAAACUUUCAUUGUCAAAAGCAGAGCAGUUGCUCAUGGCUAUUGCAAAUGACUCGGAAGUUGAAGAUUUAUCCAAUGGUGAAGAGAAUGAUCCGGCUGUGGAUGGAGACAUUCCACGUGAUGCUGGGGAUAAUUAUUCACCACCAAGUUCACCAGAAUAUGAUUCAGAUGAAGAUUAUUCACCACCUGAUGCAGAAGAAGCUGAUCACUACAUCACUGAGGAUGAGAGCGAAAGUGAGCAACAACGUUCACAAGUGCAUCAACGUAAACGAAAUCGUGUUGAGAAUGAUGAACAAGAUGAGGAACUAGGAUGUGGAGACUCCAGGGCUGAACCUAGAAAUGUUGCACGUGGUGAACGCUGGAAAUCUGCUCCAUUUACCCCAGACUUAUUCCAGUUCCAAGGUAAAGAUGAUUAUCUGAGAGAUGAACGAAUGGACUGGCAGCCACUUGAUUAUGUGGAGCAGUACAUUGACUCAGAGCUGCUGAAACUCCUUACCGACUGCACAAAUGCCAUGUCACUGGCUAACAGUGGGAGGUCUCUCAACACUUCAGUUGAAGAGAUGUACUACUUUUUUGGAGUAGCCAUUUUGAUGUCUUGUGUGCAUUACCCACAAACGAAGAUGUUCUGGUCCAAUGCUCUAAGAGUCCCUGCUAUCAGUGACAAAAUGUCACGUGAUCGGUUCUUCAAACUGAGAAGCCAUCUGAAAGUAGUCAUCGAUGAUGACAUUCCUGAAGACAAGAAGAAAACUGACAAAUUCUGGAAGGUGAGACCUUUCAUGGAUCGCAUACUCAAGGGUUGCCGUCUUCAGGCUCGUCCAGAAUGUGUCUCAAUAGAUGAACAGAUGAUCCCAUUCACUGGAGCCUGCCCAUUCCGACAGUAUGUACUUCUCAAGCCCAAUCCUGUGGGGAUGAAGAACUUCGUGCUGGCAUCAACAGAUGGAAUUGUGCUGGACUUUGAAGUAUAUCAAGGUGCAAAGACACUGGCUUUGCAGGUUCAGGAGUCAGAGGGGCUAGGCUUGGGAGCGCUUGUCAUCAAACGUCUAUCUGAAACACUGCAGCCAGGUACAAAAGUGUACUGUGAUCGGUUCUUCACCACCAUGUCAGCUGUGGAACACAUGCUAAGGAAGCAGGUGUACCUUACUGGCACAGUGAUGAAGAACAAAUCUGCAGCUGAGAGUGAGGAGGAGGAGGAGGAAGACGAGGAGGAGGAGUGGCACAAGUUUCUCUUUGGGGAAACUCCUGUCUGUUAA